CGGAGGAGGAAACCGUUUGCGAGGCGGUCGUGCUAAUCCAGGAAAUAGCAUCCAAGAACAGCAAAAGGUCGCGAACGUCUUCGCUCAGAGCCAGGUUGAUGUGACUGUGCCUGAAGACGCAAUCUGGCAGCCACGGAAUGCAGAAGUAAAACUGCUAAAAGGUUAUGGCCACCUAUUUAGCGGACCAGAUGUGGAGAAGGCUCUGUUGAAUUGCUCUGGAGCCGGGAAAAAGGAAAAGGGAUGGAUUUAUAACAUCCUAAUGGGGCGUGCUUAAAGUAGGCUUAUGUGGUGAAAUAAAAGCUAAAGAAAAUGCAUUUACACGAAGUACUAGUACGUCUCGCUGAAGAUGUCGACAACAUGGGCAGACUAAGGCAGGUCUAAGAGAAGGACAAGGCUGCACAAGAAAAAGAAAACUGACAGUCAAGAGAGCAAGAAGAUCGAUGUACGAUCAAGUAUCUAUGUUGGAAGAUUUGAAGUUGCGAGUUUUGGCUUUUUGGCGCGUGGGUUCUUGCCAUCUCUAAAAAAUUAGAAUAUCUAAACCCUUAGAACAACGGUCGCUUCAUCCGUGUGGUUGAUUUGGAUGCGAGUAGACUAGAAGUUAGUAGAGACGUACACCUAGUGCUUUUAGUACAGGCGCGAAAGGGAAACCUUAG